GGAACAUCAGCACUAUAUUUCAACGGCCCUACUAAAUCUUGAUUAAAUCAAAAUGAAGAGACGAGUCGCGGGCGUAAUGUACAUCUUGAUAACGAUUGCGCUGGUUAACGAGAUGUCCACAGUGCACGCCAGAGACAACAAUAAACGACGGACAAAAGAUAAAACUGGGGGCUUUCAAAAGAAUAUUUGCGACAUCACCGAUCGUGACUCUAAAGUCCAUUGCUAUUGUGAAAACGCGAGAGAACCAAGGAACGCAUCAAAAGCGGAAUGCUGGGUAUUCAACGGUGGGAUAUCGCCCGACGAUUACAUCUGGCAGAGCUUCGCCUCGCAGCCCACUUUGCAAACUUUAUCGUUCAACGUUCGCGUCGACGGCGCGCUAGGUUACGUGCCUACAAAGGCACUCCAAUACUUACAAAGGCUGCGAACUAUUAACAUUAAAUAUGGAAACAUUGUUGACGUCACAACUUUUGCUUUUGCAAAUUUAACCAACCUAAAGGAGGUGACUCUUUCCCAGAAUCAGAUUGAAACAUUACAACAGUACGCCUUCGCGCACCUGCCUAAUAUAACCAUGAUAAACCUAGAAGAGAAUAUGAUAGUUGAAAUUGGUAGGGAUGCAUUUUUCGAUCUCCCGAAAUUGCAAAAGUUGGUGUUAACAAAAAACAAUAUAUCCCAUAUUAAAGAUGGUGCUUUUCAGCAUACGUUCAAUUUGCUAGAAUUAGAUUUGAACAGAAACAAUAUACAAAAUUUGAAUAGACAUACAUUUGAUGGAUUAGCAAAUCUUCGAAGGUUGGAUCUUCGACGAAACCAUAUAUUUAAUUUGACAGAGUUCACGUUCGCUGAGUUGUGGAACUUGCAAGAGCUUCUCCUGGGAAAGAAUGACUUGAAGUAUAUAUCGGAGAGAGCUUUCGAUGGCUUGUCUCAACUUAGAAAGUUAUCCCUUGACGAUAAUAAGCUCGCGGCGCUGCCUUCCGGUUUAUUCGAGGGCGUGCGAGGCCUCAGUUCACUUGAUUUACGCUCCAACGAACUACACGCCCUAACUUUCGACAACAUCAAGCCCAUAUUAGACAACUUGAAGCCACAAAACAGCAAUUUGCUCGUUGAAGAAAACAACUUCGUUUGCGACUGCCGACUGAAAUGGAUGCAUUCACUGCGAAACGAUACAAAAAGCCAGAGCACUAAAGAUUCACUCGAGAGCGUCACUUGCAAAAACGAUCCGCCCAUCGUUAGUUCCGCUUACAACAAAAUGUCUGCCGCCGACACCAAUUUGGAUUUCAACAAAGAAAUACUACAUGCUGGUAUAACUAUCGAAACUAUUGAUAAAAAUAAUAUAACAGACAAAAAGACGACCGCUGAAGAUCUAUCGAAGGACCAUAUGAAUGAUAUUCUAGCACCUUCUAAGAAAGGUGUUAAAAGAACAGUAUUGAAGAUUCCACCCGAGGCAUUACCGUGUCCAGUAGAAGUUCGAACGACAACUGAAAUAAUCCCAUACAUGAUAGACCCAAUUAUACCAAUCCAAAAUGAAAUGAAAACUUUUCGAUUCCACGAUAUGAAUAGUGGCAGUAGACUGUCUGUUUCCAUUGUAUGGAGUAUGUGUUUUGUUUUUUUAUUUACAUAGAAUUUAAGUCAAUUUAAAUGUGGGAGAUUCAGACUUUAUCUUAUUCAGGUGAAGUAGUAUGUGACAAUCGCCUUCAUUUCGUCAUCGUCAAUUAU